UCGAAGUCUAGCCAGCAGAGCAUCAUACAUACAUACACACAUACAUGGGCAACGCCGUGCCGCGCAUCCACCACCGCCAUGAAGCCACGGCUCCGAGCUCCGGUACGACCUCGCCCGUGCCAUCUGGACGGAGGCAUGGCGGCAAGGCGGCGCGUGACGCCCCCGUGCGCCGACCUCGCGGGGUCGCUGAGGACGAGCGGAAGCCGGGAGGCGGCACCACCGUGGCGAUGACGGUGAAGGUGGUGGUGACGAGGAAGGAGGCGGAGAGGCUGAUCGCGCGGCUGGAGGAGCAGAACGCCAAGGAGCGCAAGGCCAGGAUCGCCCAGAUCACGCGCCGGCUUAGGGCUGGCCGGGACGGCGGCGUCGGCCGCGGGAGCCCGGCGCCGUCGUGCGGGGGAGCGCGGACGCCGCCGAGGCUCGCGCCGAUACAGGAGGUCUAGGCCGUCUGUGUAGCUAGACGUGUACGCGCCUAGUCACGGCCUGGCUCACGGUGGUUAGUCACCGGCAGACCGGCGCCUCUGUAAAUUCAGUUCUAGCUUCAGUUCGUAACCUUACGUCACCCAGUCCAGACAUGCGCUUUGUUCAGUCAUUUGUUGCACAUGUAGUAGAAAGAGCUGGGAAUAUAUAUUUAGAUCAACACAAUAUAUUUUCCUA